CCAUCUUUGACCAAUGUGAGCUGUCUUGUGCGUCGCCCAGCAGAGAGCGAAGUACCAGCCGAGACAUAUUUAUAGUGGCAAGAUGGGGAAGAAACAGAAAAAAUCCGGAGAGGACAGUGCGAAGGAUGACGGCGGUGACAUCGACGCUCUGGCUGCAGAGAUCGAAGGAGCUGGAGCCUCCAAGGAGCAGAAGGGGAAGAAAAAGAAGAAAGGAGCCAAGAAGGAUGAAUUCGACGAGGACGACAUCCUGAAGGAGCUGGAGGAGCUUUCUCUGGAGGCCCAAGGAGGAAAGGGCAAGAAAGCAGAAACCACAGAAGUGGUUGAGGUGCCCGAGCCUCCCAAACAAGAGAAGAAGAAAACCAGGAAGGGGAAGAAGGGUGGAACCAGUCCUGAGGAUGAGGUGGUGGACGAAGGCCACGUCGAUGAGAAGAACGGCGAGCAGGACAGUAACAAGGCGCCUCCCGCCACACCCCUGUCUCACUCCGAUGAUGACACCUCCUCACUGUCCCGCCUCAAAACCAGAGGAAAGAAAGGAGGCAAAAAACCAUCGGUGUCUGACGAAGAGGAUGCCGGAGACAAGGAUGAAGACGUGAAGAAAGGAGGUGGAGGAGGAGGGAAUGAGGACGAGUUUGAGGAGGAUGAGGAGUUCACCUCCAGGAGAGACAAGAAGAAGAAGAACAAAGUCAAAGCUGAUGAGCCUGAGGACGAGGAGGAGGAUGAAGCUGGGGGCUUUAAGAUCAAAACGGCGGCACAGAAGAAGGCAGAGAAGAAGGAGAGAGAGAAGAAGAAAAAGGAGGAGGAAAGGAUGAAGCAGAAGAAGCAGAAGGAGGCCACUGUGGAGACUAAAAAAGAACCGGAGAAGGCGACGGCAGAGGCCACGCCUCCUCCGACAGCGCCACCAGAAGAUGUGACAGAGGAACAAGAAGAGGCGGAGCCAGGAGAGGAGGAGACCGAGGGUGACAAAAAAAAGAAAGACAAAAAAAAGAAGAAGGGAGAGAAGGAGGAGAAGAAGGCGACAAAAGGUCCCAGUAAGGCCACAGUGAGGGCCAUGCAGGAGCUCCUGGCCAAAAGGAAGGAGGAAGAGGAGCGAGCCAAGAAAGAGGAAGAGGAGCUGCAGAGGAGGCUUGAGGAGCAGGAGAGGCAGAGACAGGAGCAGGAGCGACUGGAGCAGGAGCGUAAAGAAAAAAAGAAGCAGAAGGAGAAAGAGCGGAAGGAGCGGCUGAAGAAGGAGGGGAAGCUGCUGACGAAGUCUCAGCGAGAAUCUCGAGCUCGGGCUGAGGCCACGCUCAAGCUGCUGCAGGCUCAAGGUAUUGAAGUGCCAUCCAAAGACACUGUGUCAAAGAAGAAACCGGUUUAUAGGGACAAGAGAAAGAAGAAGCCCAAUGCUCAAACUCCCGAAGAAGCGUCAGAAUUGGCCUCGCCAACCUCGGAGACUCCAGAGCCUGUUGCCAUGGAAACGGGGGCGGAGCCGCGUGCUGCUGAGCCAGAGGUGAAGCCGGACGCUGCUUUGGACGACUGGGAGGCCAUGGCCAGCGACGAGGAGAAAGAGAAGAUCAGAAGACGUACAGCAGAGUUGAAGAAAGUUCACAUUGAGGUCAAAGAGGAGACUGCUGCUCCUCCCCAGCCUGCAGCCAGCGAGGAGGAGGAAGAAGAGGAGGAACACGAGGAGGAUGACGACGAGGACGAGGAGGAAAGCGAGGAAGACGGCGACGGGGAGAAAGAGCCGGCGCCAGCAGGUCAGGGGAAGAGGAGAGAGGUCAGUGAAGACGAGAGCAGCGAGAGCGAGGAAGAGGACGGCAGGACGAAGGAGGAGCAAGUGUACGACCGCGCCAAGAAGAGGAUAGAGAAACGCCGAGCAGCGAACUUGAAGAACAUCAUCUUGGACAAGCUGAGAGCGCCGGUGGUGUGCGUGCUUGGACACGUCGACACGGGAAAGACAAAGAUCCUCGACAAGCUCCGACACACCCAUGUUCAGGACGGGGAGGCUGGAGGGAUCACUCAGCAGAUCGGAGCCACAAACGUCCCGAAGGAGACCAUCGAGGAGCAGACCAAGAUGGUUAAAAACUUCGACAAAGAAAACCUCAAGAUUCCUGGCAUGCUGAUCAUCGACACACCUGGACACGAGUCCUUCAGUAACCUGAGGAACAGAGGCAGCUCUCUGUGUGACAUCGCCAUCCUGGUGGUGGACAUCAUGCACGGCCUCGAGCCUCAAACGAUCGAGUCGAUCAACCUGCUGAAGGAGAAGAAGUGUCCGUUCAUUGUUGCACUCAACAAGAUCGACCGUCUGUACGACUGGAAAAAGAGUCCGGACACCGACGUCGUGGCCACGCUGAAGAAGCAGAAGAAAAACACCAAGGAUGAGUUUGAUGAGAGAGCCAAGGCGAUCAUCAUAGAGUUCGCUCAGCAGGGUCUGAACGCCGCCUUGUUCUACGAGAACAAAGACCCUCGAACGUUUGUGUCGUUGGUUCCCACCUCGGCUCACAGCGGAGACGGGAUGGGAAACCUCAUCGCCCUAUUGGUCGAGCUGACUCAGACCAUGUUGGCUCGCCGGUUAGCGCACUGUGACGAGCUGCGGGCUCAGGUCAUGGAGGUGAAGGCUCUGCCCGGCAUGGGAACCACGAUAGACGUCAUCCUGAUCAACGGUUGUCUGCGGGAGGGGCAGACCAUCAUUGUCCCGGGAGUGGAGGGGCCGAUCGUCACACAGAUCCGAGGCCUGCUGCUGCCGCCUCCUCUGAAGGAGCUCCGAGUGAAGAGCCAGUACGAGAAGCACAAAGAGGUGUCGACGUCUCAGGGCGUGAAGAUCUUGGGUAAAGACCUGGAGAAGACGCUGGCUGGGCUCCCUCUGCUGGUGGCGCAUAAAGAAGACGAGAUCCCAGUUUUAAGGGAUGAACUGGUUCGGGAGCUUAAACAGACGCUGAGCUCCAUCAAACUGGAGGAGAAAGGAGUUUAUGUUCAGGCGUCCACACUGGGAUCACUGGAGGCUCUGCUGGAGUUUCUAAGAACAUCCAAAGUCCCUUACGCUGGUAUCAACAUCGGCCCGGUUCAUAAAAAGGACGUGAUGAAGGCGUCGACCAUGUUGGAGCAUGACACGCAGUACGCUGUGAUCCUGGCGUUUGACGUGAAAGUGGAGAGGGAGAGUCAGGAGAUGGCCGACAACCUGGGGGUUCGAAUCUUUGCGGCCGAGAUCAUCUACCAUCUUUUUGAUGCCUUCACCAAAUUUAGAGAGGACUACAAGAAGGCCAAGCAGGAGGAGUUCAAGCACAUCGCCGUGUUUCCUGUGAAGCUGCGAAUUCUUCCUCAGUUCAUCUUUAACUCCAGAGAUCCCAUCGUAAUGGGCGUUUCUGUGGAGGCCGGUCUCCUGAAACAGGGAACGCCGAUCUGCGUGCCCAGUAAAGGGUUUGUGGACAUUGGUGUGGUCACCAGCAUUGAGAUGAACCACAAACCCGUCGAUUCUGCCAAGAAAGGGCAGGAGAUCUGCGUCAAGAUCGAACCGAUCCCCGGAGAGGCACCUAAGAUGUUCGGCCGCCACUUCGAAGCCACCGACAUCCUCGUCAGCAAGAUCACACGAGCGUCCAUCGACGCCCUGAAAAACUGGUUCAGAGACGAGAUGCAGAAACCUGACUGGCAGUUGAUCAUGGAGCUGAAGAAGACCUUUGAGAUCAUCUGAAGGACCUAAAACAAAAACAAAAACACAAUCUUCCUCCUCAGUUAAAAGGGCAGCAGCGUAGAGAUGACAGAAAGGAAAACAAAGAUGUGAACGUGUUUUUCUGUGAGAAACGAACCGUUUUUUCCACUGUUGUAAACAGUGAUAGUUUAGACACAUCACACACACUCAGUAUUCCAACGUGCCUGUUCUUCAGCAUCACUCUUCUUAUUUUUCUUCUUCUUGGUCUCUGAUUUGUGGCUGCUGCUUCACUCCCAGGCCCCGCCCCCCUCUUUCCUCCCCAGCAACGCCAGCGAGGACGAUGGCAAACCGCUCCGAGCCUCACAGGAUAAAUUAUGAAUAUUUCUGAAGUUAUCUUUUCAGAACAGCGGUGAUCACGUCGACGUCACAGACUUCGAAAAGUUGACUUUCACUUUGCUGUGCGGUUCGGCGGCCAUGUUGGAAGGCGGGGCGAUGAUGAGUGACGGAGAAGAUUUUAAAACGUUUUUGUUGCAACUGCUGAUGUAAUAAAUUCCCAUGAUUCUAAAAAAAAAAAAAAAAAAACCUGCAGACUGAGUGUUCAGUUCACAGUGUGUUAAUGCUACAAACAAUUUCCUAUUUCAAAAUUAACUAUUGUGACCAAAAGUCUUAAAUGUCUAUUAAAGAACAUUUUCAGGGUUUUUUUUUUUUUUUUUUUAAAUCUUUGAAGAAUCAGUGGAAAGGUUUUCUGAUUAAAAUAGAAUAUUGAAAUGCUGUGGCUCGGGGGAUUAAAGUUAUAUUUUAAACCUU